AUGCGCCACCGUCAAGCCGUGCACGGACAACGUCGCGCCGGACUCCCAGACGAGCAGCGGGCCCGCCAUGGUCGGGCCGGGGGGCAGCGACGACGGCGCGAGCUGCGGCACGGGCUGGCUCUUGGGCUGCUUCUAAUGCGCUCUAGAUUAGGCCUGUGGAUUUGCUCCGCCAGACAACAUGAUUAUAAUCACAAUUCACAUUGCAGAGCAUUGUUGAUGUGCUUUGUUGCGGUCGACGCAGCUUUGUUUAUGGAUAUUGGUCGCUCAUUAUGUGUCGUAAAUUCAUCCGUUGCCUGCUGGAUAGUGGUUGACUGGCGUCAUAGCAACGGCUUAGCUUUAUUCAAGGAUGCGAUCAACGUACUUGUUGGUGUUGGCGAUCAAGGAGCUGGCUUAUCUGGGCUCUUAUUAGCGCGCAGGACUGUCUGUGAUGGGCACCCGGUCACCGUUCUUGAGAAGGGGAAGGCAGUUGGUGGCGUGUGGCAUCUGCAAGCAAACGCGCAGUCAAAAGUGAAUACUACUGAGGCGGCGUACCGCGUCGCUGAGAGAGGAGUUGUGAUCAAUUUCGACCAUCCACUAACUUUUCAGAUUAUGAACGACCUACAAUUUAUAUCCACAAUUUACCUAACGCAGUGA